GGCCGCCGAGCAGGCCGGGAGCGCAGAGGCCACACCCAGCCAGGAGGCCGCUCUCCUCCGCCGCCUGAAUCAUCGACGCAGCAGCCCUUCUGCAGCUCCACUGCAGUGCGCCCGGCUGCCGCGCCUCUCCGAGCCGCCCUCCCUCGCUCCCUCACAGGCGGUGGCGCAGACCUGCAGCAUGGCGGGAAUCGCGGCCAAGCUGGUGAAGGACCGAGAGGCGGCCGAGGGGCUGGGCUUGCACGAGAGGGCCGUCAAGUACCUGAACCAGGACUACGCGGCGCUGCGGGACGAGUGCUUGGAAGCCGGCACGCUCUUCCAGGAUCCCUCCUUCCCGGCCCUCCCUUCUUCGCUGGGCUUCAAGGAGUUGGGACCCUACUCCAGCAAAACGCGGGGCAUCGAGUGGAAGAGGCCCACGGAGAUCUGCGCUGAUCCCCAGUUCAUUGUUGGAGGAGCCACCCGCACAGACAUCUGCCAAGGUGCCCUGGGUGACUGCUGGCUGCUGGCAGCCAUCGCCUCCCUUACCCUGAAUGAAGAAGUCCUGGCUCGAGUCGUCCCCCUAGACCAGAGCUUCCAGGAAAACUAUGCCGGCAUCUUCCACUUCCAGUUCUGGCAGUACGGCGAGUGGGUGGAGGUGGUGGUGGACGACCGGCUGCCCACCAAGGAUGGGGAGCUGCUCUUCGUGCACUCAGCAGAGGGGAGUGAGUUCUGGAGCGCCCUGCUGGAGAAGGCCUACGCCAAGAUCAAUGGGUGUUACGAAGCGCUUUCAGGGGGCGCCACCACUGAGGGCUUUGAGGACUUCACUGGAGGCAUCGCUGAGUGGUACGAGUUGAAGAAGGCCCCUCCCAACCUUUUCAAGAUCAUCCAGAAGGCUCUGGAGAAGGGCUCUCUCCUCGGCUGCUCCAUUGAUAUCACCAGCGCUGCGGACUCGGAGGCCGUCACGUUCCAGAAGCUGGUGAAGGGGCACGCGUACUCCGUCACCGGAGCCGAGGAGGUUGAAAGCAAUGGAAGUCUGCAGAAACUGAUCCGCAUACGGAAUCCCUGGGGGGAAGUGGAGUGGACUGGGAAGUGGAAUGACAACUGCCCAAACUGGGACACUGUAGACCCAGAGGUGAGGGAGAGGCUGACCAGACGGCAUGAAGACGGAGAAUUCUGGAUGUCUUUCGGCGACUUCCUGAGGCACUAUUCCCGCCUGGAGAUCUGCAACCUGACCCCUGACACUCUCACCAGUGAUUCCUACAAGAAGUGGAAACUCACCAAGAUGGAUGGGAACUGGAGACGAGGCUCCACUGCGGGAGGCUGCAGGAACUACCCGAAUACUUUCUGGAUAAACCCUCAGUACGUGAUCAAGCUGGAGGAGGAGGACGAGGACCAGGAGGACGGGGAGAGUGGCUGCACCUUCCUGGUGGGCGUGAUUCAGAAGCACCGGCGGCGGCAGAGGAAGAUGGGGGAGGACAUGCACACCAUCGGCUUUGGCAUCUAUGAGGUUCCGGAGGAGUUAAUUGGGCAGACCAACAUCCACCUCAACAAGAACUUCUUCUUGACACACAGAGCGCGGGAGCGCUCGGACACCUUCAUCAACCUUCGGGAGGUGCUCAACCGCUUCAAGCUGCCUCCAGGAGAGUAUAUCCUGGUGCCGUCCACGUUUGAGCCCAACAAGAAUGGGGACUUCUGCGUCCGGGUCUUUUCUGAAAAGAAAGCUGACUACCAAGUCGUCGAUGAUGAAAUUGAAGCCAACCUGCAAGAGUUUGACGUCAGCGAGGAUGACAUUGAUGAUGGAUUCAGAAAGCUGUUUGCCCAGCUGGCAGGGGAGGACGCGGAGAUUUCUGCCUUUGAGUUGCAGACCAUCCUGAGAAGAGUUCUAGCAAAGCGCCAGGAUAUCAAGUCAGACGGCUUCAGCACUGAGACCUGCAAAAUCAUGGUGGACAUGCUAGACUCGGAUGGGAGUGGAAAGCUGGGGCUGAAGGAGUUCUACAUUCUCUGGACGAAGAUUCAAAACUACCAAAAAAUUUACCGGGAAAUCGACGUUGACAAGUCUGGUACUAUGAAUUCCUAUGAGAUGCGGAAAGCAUUAGAAGAAGCAGGCUUCAGGCUGCCCUGUCAGCUCCACCAAGUCAUCGUGGCUCGGUUUGCAGAUGACCAGCUCAUCAUCGACUUUGACAACUUUGUCCGGUGUUUAGUUCGACUGGAGACGCUAUUCAAGAUAUUCAAGCAGCUGGAUCCUGAGAACACUGGGACAAUACAGCUCGACCUUAUCUCCUGGCUCUGCUUCUCAGUACUUUGAAGUGAAUUAACUAUUCUGCCUGAAGACUUUUCAAGAAAGAAAACCAAGGACUAAGCUUCCACAGAGAAAUACUUUUUAUCUGGACCUUGAAAUCAUGGGAACAUUUACUGAAAGUGAUUAUUAUAGCUGAAAAUAAUGAUGCUGUCUAUCUGAGAGAGCAGACCUUUCAGGUAUCAAAGUAAAAGAUUUGCACAGCAUUGUAAUAAAUGCAAGAGUGAGCCGCCUAACCCUGGCUAAGCUUUAAAUCUGUAAAUAGUAUACACUUUUUACUUUUACACACUUUCCUGUUGAUAGCAAUAUUAAAUCAGGAACAAAUGCAGGGAGGUAUUUAACAGCUGAGCAAACAACACACCAUCUUAAGGGACACUAGGCCCUUGCUGAGAAUAUUUAAAGCAACUUUAAUGUUAACAAUGCAGCUGUGGCUUCUGCCAACCAGCAGCCCAGGGUUUGUCACUUGAGCAAAUGGGAAUACCUGACAGGUCAGGAAAUAACCUUGUCAAGGCAUCGACAUCCAGACAAGAAAUCUUACCUCCGUCAUUCAGGUUAAACCAGAGACGGGUUUUAUAUGAUACUGAUUGGUAACAGUAGUUCUUCUUCUCAAACACACAAGUCCUUGAGCAUAUUUGGCCUUACGCAUUUAGUAUUAAUAUAAACGUGGAAGGGGCUCCGCUCUUGAUCUAACGCUGUUUGCCGCCGUAAAACUUUAACCUUUACCACCUCUAGUGUUUGUGCACGGAGUUAGGGGGACAUCAUGCAGGGGUGCUUGUGGGAACAGCACAAGCAUGUUUCCUGGCUUUACCUUGGGAAAAUGCUAGCAAUGUUUUACCAAUUCUGCCUUAUUGCGUUAUCUUCUUCCAAAUGUAUUGUUCAAAAAUAAAGAGCCCUGUGCAGCCACA